AUGAAGCUUAAAGAGUUCAAUGCUAAGGUGAAAUCACUUCCAUUCUAUGUCACUUUUGAAGAAGCUUGGGAUAAACAUGGUCUAGUGGAGUUCUUUUUCACAACUAGUGAAAACAAAGAAGAGAUACACCAACUUUUCAGGAAGGCUCGAUUUCCCAUUGCCCCUCAUGGAGUCAAUCAACCACCAUCACCACCAUCAUCACCACCACCCAGUGGUAUGUCAAUUCCAUAUCAAGAGAGAAGCUUGCUGAGUUCAAUCAGUUUGUCCAAACUCUUCCAGCCAGCAUGUCUUUCCAACAAGCUUGGCGCCACUACCCAUUCACCACCUUCUUCCACAACUGCAAAGAGAACACCUGAGGACAUAAGAGAGCUUUUUGAGAAAGCUAAAGUUCAGCCAACCUUCAAGACCCUCUACAAGAUUGAAGACCCAGGUCAAUUCUCUAUUCCCUGUCAAGUAAAUGGUCAUUACUUUGAUAGAACACUAUGCGAUUCUGGCUCUUGCAUAAACCUCAUGCCAACCCAAACCGCCAAACUCCUUGGCAUCACACGCUUGACCUAUGGAGAUUUCUUCGAUUGUUUGCCCUUGAUUUCUGAUGUAUAUCUUGGUUUGUUGGCUCAGGUAGUCAUCAAUGGAAGAAAGAUGGACUUGCUUCAGGCUUGGGUUAUUAAGACCGUUGAGCGUAUAAUAUCUCUUCGUUUGUUGUUCAAAGUGUUUUGCAAGAUCCUUCUUCUUUAG